UGUGAAAAACAAGGUUUAGGUUUAUGUGAGCUAAGUUAUAUAUCUGAUAUGUGGAAAAGCUCAUGUUUCCUGCAGCCUUCCCUGAUCUGACUGGGAUCUUCUGCAGGAGGACGUGAGCUUCCCUGUUUGUGAGGAAUCGCUGUCCUGACUUUGACCUCUGCUGCCGUGAAGAUAAGCUCACCGGGUCGUUUCCGUUCGCUUCCGGCAGAGUUUCCCCGUUCAGGCACGUCCGCAGUAGGUCACCAAUCUGCAUUGUUGUCACAUUUACAUCUGUGGUUCCCCGUUUCGCUAAUGUCACAGAGACUGAGCUUCCUGCGCUGACCGGACCAGGAACCCGGUCUCUGUCUGCUGCGCCUGCUCAGGUACGACCAGAUGGACAAUAAACUUGGUUUCCAUGACAACAUCCUGAGUCGGUUGAUAAAACCAAGAGACGAACAAAGGGAUGUUCUUGUUUUAAAUGUGCUGUUGCUAGGAGACAGGCAGAGUGGGCGGAGCUCUGUGGGGAACGCUCUCAUUGGCGGAGACGAAUUUCAAACGGGAACCUGCGUUUCUGGCGUUUCCAUGACGACAGAUGUCCGGGUCCUGAGCAGGAAGUUUCCUGCGUAUUUCAGGAGGCAGGGGGCGGAGUCUGACCUCGUGCUCAGAGUUUUGGACACGCCCCCCGUGAAGCUCCGCCCACAGAGCCUGCAUGAGCUCUGCCCCGGUGGCGUUCACGUGUUGGUGGUCGUCAUAAGAGUCGAUCAGCUGAACGAAAACUCACAGCUGCUGAGCCACACAGAGAGCCUCUUCGGUCCAGACUGGCGUCGUCACGCCAUGCUCGUCUUCACACACGCUGAUCACCUGGAGAAGGCGGGGCUUCAGCCGCCUACUUUCCUCACCCAGACCUCUGAUUGGCUGAGCUCUCUGGCUGAAGAGGUUGGGGGCGGGGUUUCGUUUUUGGACAACAGCUCUGAUUGGCCAUCAAUCAGAGGCCGCCCAAUAAGAGAUCAACUGCUCCGCCUCUCAGCGAAGAACCAUCACGAAGCUCUGCAAUUUAGGUCAGACCAAUCACUCUGACACAAAUUCUGAGGACCAAAACCAUCAAUGUUAAUGUUGUUUUUAGGUCUGUAACAACAACAAAUGUAAUUAUUGCGAUAAUUGAUAAUAUUGUUAUUUUAAAGACCAUUUUAGAGUAGUAUUUUGAAAGACCAAUAAACUUUAAUUUUGU